CUCGCCGUUGGCAGAUUCUACGUUACGCUCUCAGUGCGGCGCAUAUCUUGAACGUUAGCGGCGGAGGAGAAUCUUCACAGAAACGAUUUGGUACCGUGUCGUUACCCGAGCCCGGCCAUGGACGAACAGGCAGGGCCCGGCGUCUUUUUUAACAAUAAUAACAACUCAAUAUUGCAAAGUGGAGGAAAAGGACCAUUGCCCGAAGGCGAUGGAGGAGAGGCGGUAAGGGCACAGUACAGUAUCCCGGGGAUCUUGCACUUCCUGCAGCACGAAUGGGCCCGUUUUGAAGUGGAACGAGCACAAUGGGAGGUGGAGCGGGCCGAAUUACAGGCUCAGAUAGCCUUCCUGCAGGGAGAAAGGAAGGGCCAGGAGAAUCUGAAGAAGGACCUGGUACGGCGGAUAAAGAUGCUGGAGUAUGCACUGAAACAGGAGAGGGCCAAGUAUCACAAGCUAAAGUACGGCACUGAGCUGAAUCAAGGCGACAUGAAGCCUCCCAGCUACGACUCUGAUGAGUGCAAUGAAAACGAGGCUCCAAAGUCCCUGAACAACCAGCUGUCCUGGAAGCAGGGCCGCCAGCUCCUCAGGCAGUACCUGCAGGAGGUGGGCUACACGGACACCAUCCUGGACGUGAAGUCCCAGCGCGUACGCGCCCUGCUGGGCCUAGCAGGAGACGGCAGCACCGGCGGCGCUGGAGAGGACCGAGGAGGUGACCGAUCGGCACAGGAGCCCCUGGUCAACGGCACGGACACCAAGCCCAAGGGCGCCAGCACCGGCGGGAAAAGCCAGCUGUCAGACUCCAGUGCUGUGCUGGAGGCCUUCAAGUUCAUCGAGAGCGCGGCUGCCGAGUUCAGCGACGAGGACGACGACGAGGACAGCGAUGGGAAGGACCGGACCAUCAUGGACUCUGGCACGAUUGUGCGGAAGAAGCCGUCCUCCUCCCCGGCCAUGUCUCCCUCCAAGGAUGGCGGCGAGGACAUGGACACAGAGGAGGCCCUGAAGGACUUCGACUUCCUGUCCAGCCCGGACGAGAUGGACACGUCGCCCGACCUCAGGGGCUCGGGCGACGCCACGGAGUGGGAGAAAGAGGAUCACCCUAUGGGGGAAGCCUGGGACGUGGACCAGGGCUUGAUAACCAAACUCAAGGAGCAGUACAGGAAAGAACGCAAGGGCAGAAAGGGGGUGAAGAGGCCCAACCGCUCCAAGCUGCAGGACAUGCUGGCCAACCUGCGGGACACGGAGGAGCCGCCCCCCCUCCAGCCCCCCGUCACCCCUCCCUCACGGCCCAGCGUCCCGCGGAUCAGCGAGCACGACGCCGGCCGCCCGGACGAAGGUAAAGUGGAGCUGACCUUCCCCCCCACCUCAGGGAAGUCCUUCAUCAUGGGGACGGACGAGCCCAGCGAGAGCGAGCUGGGCCUCGGGGAGCUGGCAGGACUCACGGUGGCCAACGAGGCCGACAACCUCACCUACGACAUCGCCAACAAUAAGGAUGCCUUGCGGAAGACGUGGAACCCCAAGUUCACCCUGCGCAGCCACUUUGACGCCAUCAGAGGCCUAGCCUUCCACCCGGUAGAACCGGUUCUGGUCACAGCGUCUGAGGACCACACGCUCAAAAUGUGGAACCUCCAGAAAACGGCACCCGUCAAGAACAGGAGUGCCUCAUUGGAUGUGGAGCCCAUCUACACGUUUAGGGCCCACCGGGGUGCGGUGUUGUGCGUGGUGAUGAGCAGUAAUGGAGACCAGUGUUUCAGUGGAGGCCUGGACGGCACCAUCCAGAGCUGGAACACCCCCAGCCCCACCAUCGACCCCUACGACUCUUACGAGCCCUCCGUCCUGCGGGGGGCGCUGAGUGGCCACACAGACGCGGUGUGGGGAUUGGUGUACAGCAGCGCUCACCAGCGCCUGCUCUCCUGCUCGGCCGACGGCACUGUGCGCCUCUGGAACGCCUCCAACAUCAGCCCCCCCCUGGCCGUCUUCAACGAGGACAAGGAGCUGGGCAUCCCAUCCUCCGUGGACCUGGUGUGCAGUGACCCGGCCCACAUGGUGACCUCCUUCAGCAACGGCCGACUGGGCCUCUUCAACAUGGAGACCCGCCAGCUGGUGCUGAACCUGGAGUCCACAGUGGAGCCAGGUUCUCUCUGUCAGAUCAAUAAAGUGCUGAGUCACCCCACCCUGCCCAUCACCAUCACCGCCCAGGAGGACCGCCACAUCAAGUUCUACGACAACAACACAGGGAAGCUGAUCCACGCCAUGGUGGCCCAUUUGGACUCCGUCACCAGCCUAGCUGUGGAUCCGAAUGGACUGUAUCUGAUGUCGGGAAGCCACGACUGCUCCAUCCGCCUGUGGAGCCUGGAGAACAAGACGUGCAUCCAGGAGUUCACCGCCCACCGCAAGAAGUUCGAGGAGUCCAUCCACGACGUGGCGUUCCACCCCACCAAGUGCUUCAUCGCCAGCGCCGGGGCCGACGCUCUCGCCAAGGUCUUCGUAUGACCUGGGAGCUGGGACUCCGCCUCCGACUCCGCCUCGAUGAGUCCGGAACCCCCGAACGCAAAGUCACCUCAGGACACGCCCCUACAUCGGGGAAGGGGUCAGAUUGGCUGGUGGGGGGCAGAGCCAUGAUGACACCCCCCACCCCUCCACCCCCUCACCCCCCCAUACCUCUCUGUGCCCCUUUCUAAGUAUUUUUUUUUUCUCUCGUUGUUGUUUUUCUCUUGUCUGGCUUUCUCCCUGGACUCCCUGGACACUGCAGCUCUGAGCUGGGACUUCCGUGGGAAGCUGGCGAGGAAGGGAGCAGAGGAGAUGGAGGGAGAAGCGGGACAGAACAUGGGGACAUGGGGAAGGGGGGGGCGAGGGGGAGUUGAAAAGCUGGCCCGUUUACAAAGCAAACUCUCUGCCCCCCCCCAAAUAACCCCCUGUACACUUGCAUACAUACACACAUAUAGGCAGGCAAACACUUGUCUGUUCGUCUGCAGUUGUUGGACGACGUCCAGCGCUCAGUGCUUGAUGACCACCUGCUGUGGCAGUAAGCAGACUUGAGGACCUUUGCGGGCAGGAAAUCCUCCUGGAGAAAUGAGGGAUUGAUUGGUUCGGUCUAGCUGGUCGAUUAGACCGAACCCGACAUACAGCCACCAAACCCACAGCGCCUCUCCCAGAGACUCCGGAGCAACAGAACUUGUUCUUUUCUUGUUUUUGUUUUUUGUUUGUUUUUGUUUCAUCGAGGCGAGGUCCGCGUCAUGUUGCCAUGGCGUUGAUGUAUUUACAGGCUCCCCCCCGACCACCAUUACGGAAGCCGUCAGCUUCUGUCGGUUUCCGGGUCCCACAUAGCUGGUCUUAACCUUUACUUUUAAAACAGUGAUUGACUAAUGUGCCUUUGCUGCAAAAAAGGUCUUGAAAUGUUCUUUUAUCAAGCAUUUUCUGAUGGGGGUUGUCCACAAAUUGUGGAACAAAGUGGUCUCUAUUUUAAUUUCAUUGGAUGUAAAAUUAAAAAUACUUAUAAUAAACAAAUAUAUAAAUAUAAAUAUAUAUAUAAAUAUAUAUAUUCAGUCUUAAACCUUAAAUUUCAGUCAGAAUUUUGAGUGCUCUUUUUGAUACAUUGUGGAAGUGUGUGUUGUAUGCAGUGAAUAGCAAUGCUGGCAGUUUUAGAGAUACUGUACCUAAAAGUAAACAUUUCCUGUUGUCCAAAAAAUUACUGGCUUAAAUUUGAAACCUUCAAAUAAAAGAGGUCUUCAACUGCAAACUGA